UGUGUAAUCUGAUGCAAAUGGAUGUAUAUUUAUGCAAAUGUGUGUUAAGUAGAUUCUACUGAUGGUCUGCCUUCAAAUAUUGAAAGACUUACAGAGUAAACCAUUCUGCAGUGUGUGAAUUGCAGUUUUGUUUUCCAAAAAAAGAAAAAGCUUUUGAUCUUUAAGACCCUGAGAACACGUUUAAAGGAGCCAGGAUCCAGCUAUUCCAUUGGAACAGUUCUCUACUGUGUAAUGGAAAUGGAGAAACCCAGACAAUGGUGUGGAUUGCCCCAGGAGAAAGAGGGCUGAUUUUUCCUGCCUUCAUUAGUAUGCAGUACUGGGCCAGGAGGCUGGAGCAGGAGAUUGAUGGAGUGAUGAGGAUAUUUGGUGGAGUCCAGCAGCUCAGAAAGAUCUACGACGACAAUAAAAACCUGUUUGAAGUCAAGGAGAAUGUGCCCAGGAAAUUGGUGGAGAAGGUUGCAGGGGACAUUGAGAGUCUCUUGGCCAAGAAAGUCCGUGCUUUAAAGAGACUUGCCAACGCGGCGGAGAAAUUCCAGAAGGCUCACCACUGGCAGGACAACAUCCGGGAGGAAGACAUCGAGUACUAUGACUCCAAGGCCGACACUGAAUAUGACGAUCCUGAUGGAGAAGAGAUCGAGAGGGAGAAGUCCAACUCCUUGAAGCUGGAGUUCACUGAUGAUGACAACUUCAAGACCAAGGUUAACUAUUCAUACGCUGCUGUGCAGAUCCCCACGGACAUCUACAAAGGCUCCACCGUCAUCCUCAACGAGCUGAACUGGACACAGGCACUGGAGGAUGUGUUCAUCGAGAACCGGAAGGAGGAUCCCUCCCUGCUCUGGCAGGUCUUCGGCAGCGCCACCGGCGUCACCCGCUACUACCCCGCCACCCCAUGGAGAGCCCCCAAUAAGAUCGACCUCUAUGACGUGCGCCGGCGGCCCUGGUACAUCCAAGGUGCCUCCUCCCCAAAGGACAUGGUCAUCAUUGUGGACGUGAGUGGCAGUGUGAGCGGCCUCACCCUCAAGCUGAUGAAGACCUCGGUCUAUGAGAUGCUGGACACCCUCUCAGAUGAUGACUAUGUCAAUGUGGCCUCGUUCAAUGAAAAAGCAAAGCCGGUGUCGUGCUUCAAGCACCUGGUGCAGGCCAACAUCCGGAACAAGAAGGUGUUCAAGGAGGACGUGCAGGGGAUGGUGGCCAAGGGCACAACAGACUACAAGGCUGGCUUUGAGUACGCCUUCGACCAGCUGCAGAAUUCCAACAUCACACGUGCCAACUGCAACAAGAUGAUCAUGAUGUUCACGGACGGCGGUGAGGACCGCGUGCAAGAUGUCUUUGAGAAGUACAACUGGCCCAAUAAGACGGUGCGGGUCUUCACCUUCUCGGUGGGGCAGCACAACUACGACGUGACCCCGCUGCAGUGGAUGGCCUGCGCCAACAAAGGUUACUACUUCGAAAUCCCCUCCAUCGGCGCCAUCCGCAUCAACACGCAGGAGUACCUGGAUGUGCUGGGCAGACCCAUGGUUCUGGCUGGGAACCGAGCCAAGCAGGUUCAGUGGACCAAUGUCUACCAGGAUGCCCUGGGGCUGGGCCUGGUGGUGACAGGAACGCUGCCAGUGUUCAACCUGACGGAGGACAGCAGUGACAGGAAGAACCAGCUCAUCCUGGGCGUGAUGGGGAUCGAUGUGGCUCUCAAUGACAUCAAGAGGCUGACGCCGCGUUACAACCUGGGGGCCAACGGCUACGUCUUCGCCAUCGACCUGAACGGCUACGUCCUGCUGCACCCCAACCUGCAGCCCCAGAUCAUCAAUUUCCGUGAGCCGGUGACGCUGGACUUCCUGGAUGCUGAGCUGGAGGAUGAAAACAAGGAGGAGAUCCGGAGAAGCAUGAUCGAUGGGAAUGACGGACAGAGGUUCAUCAAGACCCUCAUCAAGUCCCUGGAUGAGCAAUACAUCGACGAGGUGUUCCGGACCUACACGUGGGCUCCCAUCAAAAGCACCAACUACAGCCUGGGGCUGGUUCUGCCUCCUUACAGUACCUACUACAUCCAGGCCAACCUCAGCGACCAGAUCCUGCAAGUGAAGUGUAAGUAGCCCCUGGCUCUCCCUGCCGCCCUCUCGCACUCCCCCUCACCCCACGCCAGCCCAUGGCUGUCGGGGGGAGAAACACAAAGCAAAGGCUUGAGAAAAGUCAUAGGGAUCACUGUGAGAGGCAAAACAAAGAGAAAAACUAAAGCUAAGAGAGACAUGAGUAGAGGUGAGCACACAGGGAAAGCGAGCUGCCUGCCUGGGGUGCCCGGGGGGCCGGGGUUUGGUCCUUAUGCUCUGCACCCCAAAACCCCAGCCCGGGGCUGCAGGCAGGCGCUGCCAGCGCAGGCAGGGAGGUGCUGCCUGUUUGCCUCCUGGGGACGAGGGAUGGCGCUGUAGCAGCCAGUUAAUUUGUGAGCCUGGGGAAGUUUGCAUGGAUCUCUUUAAUUUCCUUUGGUUUAUUACGAUACUUUCAUUUCGGUUUAAGCCAUUUAUUCUUUUUAUGAGUUCAGUUUCGGUUGGUUUCGAUUUUUGUUUGGAAAUAAUCUGUGUACGUGUGUGUUAGCCUGGCCCCCUUUCUCUCUCUUUCUCUUUCCCCUGACCCCCAAGCCUCUUCCCCACCUCAGGUCCACGCUGCUCCCAGGGACCCUCUCCCCCAUGGGAGAACUGGACCCUUCCCCUCUCCCCUCCGGUUCCCCGUUUCUCGCCCUCGGCCACCCCGGUGGCCUGACCCCAGCCCUGCUCUGGAUCCAGCCCCUGCCAGCCCCUCCAUCCAUGGGCAGGAGCCCUGUGUCCCUGUGGGGACGAGUCCAGGCUGUCCCCAUCCCCGGGAGGGGGGAUCUCCCCGUCCUCCCCGGCUCUGCCCACCGUGCCGUGCAUGCACCCUGACUCAGUGAGGACAUUUUGAUAUCAAGACUGUUGCAACUGUUUGCUACUGAUUCUCAUUUUCCUUUGGAGUAUUGAAUAUAUAU